UGCUUAGUUGCUUUGCUGCUGCUCAAACUAAGCUGACUCUCUCUCUCCCUCCCUCUGGCUAAAGCCACAAACCCAGAAGAAGAAAAAAAAAAGGCAGCUUUCAACUUUCUUGUUCGUUUGAGCUCUUCUCCCACAGGCAUUAAAUCCAUCAACUCGGUUGUGCAAACAACUAGCUUAAAUUUCCAGCAACUGGGUCGAUUCCUUUUGUCUGAAAGCAGCCAUCUUUCUGUCGGAUAAGAAGAGAGAAAAUGGAUGUAAUCCAGAUGCAGAGAACCUGGGUUGAGUAUACCAAGUCCUUGUAUAGAGAGGGCUUUCUGGACAGUCAAUUUGCUCAGCUUCAGCUGCUGCAAGAUGAGAGCAACCCAGAUUUCGUUGUGGAAGUUGUGUCUCUCUUCUUUGAAGAUUCUGAGCGCCUUCUCAAUGAUCUCACCAAAGUUAUAGAUCAGCAGCAAGGUGUGGACUUUAAGAAAGUUGAUGCACAUGUUCACCAGCUCAAAGGCAGCAGCUCCAGCAUAGGAGCUCAGAGAGUUAAGAAUGCCUGUGUUGCUUUCCGCAGCUUCUGUGAUGAACAGAACAUUGAAGGGAGCCUGAGAUGCCUGCAUCAGGUAAAGCAGGAAUACUACCUUGUGAAGAACAAAUUAGAAAAUCUCUUCAGUCUGGAGCAAAAAAUUGUGGCUGCUGGUGGAUCAGUUCCUGUGGACGAGCUGGGUUUCCUAUGAGCAAAUCGUGGGAAGAAGAGAUUGGAAGGUUGUUUUAAUGUAGAGAAAACUAUUUCUUUGUCAUGUUGUUGUUCUUCAUGCUUUAUGAUAUGCUGCCAACCUAUAAGGGUCAGUUCCUAACUAAUGAGGGGAGGUUUUUUGUGAUUGUAUUGAUGUAUGUAUGUGAUCUUUCACAUUAUCAAAUAGAUCCGAUCCCUCCCUUCUCUCUGUUUCUUGAAGUCACAAUUGGUUUCUUGUUCCUGCAUUGUUGUUUCAUGUUGGUAAUUGACGUUCACAGGAUGGAACCGACGAUGUUAAUGUUCGACAUGCAAUGGUUAAAUCGUGAUGAAAGUGUAGCUUUCGGUAUGUGGUUUAACUGGUACGACGAGUCAAUUUCAUGUAUACUAGAUGUGGUUGUCAAACUUUUUGUAUGAUAGACAGUGGUGCUUUCAGAUCAACCUUGAGAUACAACUUAUUCGUUAGACACCCAGUGACUUAGUUGUGUAAGUUCGAACGAAAAUAUAGCGAGAAAUCUUGUGUUUAAGUGGAAAUUUAGGUCCGGGACGAAAGCAAAAUUAACACUUGUCUAGAUUAUGGUCCCAUAUGUCACAAAAACAAACAUGCCUUCCUAGGUAAACAACAACAGCAAAUAUCCCUUGCAAGCAAAGAACCAAAAGUUUCACAAGAACCCAAAUCUGCCAACUAUGAAUGUUGUAGGGACUCAAAAUCAUCUCUCAUUCUCAACUGGGAAAGAUUUGAUUCCUCAGAAUCAGUCAACUCUUCACUCUGCUGAGGCUGUCCUUCAACCUCCUUUGUUUCUCUCUUCCCCCCAAAACAAUAUGCAAACAAACAAAACAUGGAAGUUAGUGGUGGAAUAGGAUACUCCCUCCCACAUGAUUGAGCUUUAAAAAGGGGAAAUGGGCCAGUUCCCAUCAACCCAAUCACACCAGAGUCCAGACAGUUGUUGGCCAUUCAUCAAAUCUUUGAAUGAUUUCCUCUGCUUCUGUUAGCUAGUGAGAAUCAGUUUUGGAGGAAAAGAAAAACAAAACAUACCCAAACCAUUCCUGUCAGCUCAACCAACCCAAGUGUGAAUUCAUGUUGGAAAAGGAAACGCACCAACUCUUUUAUAGAAUAAAAUAAAGAAGAUGGUAAAAGACUUUGUAGAAUUUUGCGCAACCAUGAAUUCAGAAUCUGAGACUGAUAAAGAAAUGAUCUUUGACAGUAAGCGAAUCUGAAAAGUGCCACUUCUGAUGGUGGGCAGAUCCACAUCCUUUUUUUUCUUCUUCUUGCUGAUCUACACAUGCUGUUAAAUCCUGAUUGGCUAGUUCAUCCCAUGUUUUGGCUAUUAAUAGAAGAACUCAUCAAAACACUGUUAAAACCAGGAAUAACUCAAGUGAUAAAGUAUGAGAUUAGCA